AACACAAGUGUCCUGGAAGUGGUGGAAUAGUCUUUUUAGAUUGUCAUGAACGUGUGUUCAUCUGGGACAUGAUAGCUGGCAUGUUGUUUCCACAUGGAAAUUCUUUGAAAGAAGUGUCAAGAGGCCAGUUUGGCAAACCAUGGUUUGUAGAUGAUGAUGGAACUAUUGUUAAAAAAGUUGACUAUUAUCGAAAAAUAGAUACUAUUUCUCAAGAGGAGCUGAUAGUAUUUCCCACUAUACAUCUUAUAACUUCGCAACAGAAUCAUUUGAAUCAUUUGAUUGACACUCCACGACCUGAGCUGUAUCUCAAACCACUAAACAUGUCUGCGAAGCAUACUGUAGAGACGAAAAUAAAAUUAGUCACAGACCAGGAGAUUGCUAAAGAUUUAAAACCAGUUGAGGGCCUGCCCAGAAGACGUUGGGCUGUAACCUUAUAUGCCGUGGACGACGCGGGUGUGAACCGUGAUUUGACUUAUGUUGCUCAAGUAGAAUAUCACCUUCACCCAACCUUUGGCGAUUGGAAGAGAGUUGUACGGAAACCACCAUUUAAACUUGCAGAGACGGGGUGGGGCGAAUUCGACAUGAAAGUAAUCCUUUACUUUGUUGACAAAUCAAUUCCUCCGCAUGAGCUCGAGCAUGACCUUAACUUCAGCAAACCGCACUAUGAAGUGUUGCAUACUUUGAUUUUCACUGAUGCAAAACCCGCAUUUCGGAGGCUGUUGCCAUCGGGCUCAGCGGAGAUAGCUAAAUCGAAACCGGGCAGACCGCCCAAAAGAGCCAACUCUUCAAGUACCGUUACGUCAGCAAAAAAACAAAAAGUAGAAACAACAUCAACGAGAUCAUCGAAAACCGAAACCGUUACAACAAAACAGACGAAAAUGGAAGCACCGCCUACACCAACUUUUGGAUCUCCACACAAAUUAUCACCAGCGAAAACAUCGCCUGCGAAGCAAGUGUCUUCGAAAUCAACGCCACCUAAAGUAUCUACCAAAUCGAUUCCUUCAAAAUCGUCAUCCAAGUCUACAACGUCAAAGUCUAUGAAAUCCGAAUCCCCAAACCCUUCUCCUACACCCCCAAAAUCUUCGCCGGAAUCUGCUCAAUCCGUAGCACAAUGCGAGAACAGAGUGACACUCCAGCGUCUGGCUGACAAUUUAUAUGCGUUGCAAGGAGAUGACAUUCAUGACCUAAUUGAUAUAAUUAAUAAGCAUAGAACAGAUCAUAU